CGGAGUGCGCGAGGAACUCCGAUGCUAGUUGUCUCUACUCUCCGGAGUGCUGCUGCCGACUUGGAGGAGGCGCUGUUGCCAUUCCUCUACUUUAAAGGGAAGGGGGAGGACGGCGGGCCAGUCCCGGAGAAACCGACGGAUCAGAGAUCGGCAAACAUUUACCCUCUCCGCUGAGACAGAGCGACGGCAGAGGCGGAAAAAAGGGAGAACUCCGAGCCGUCCAUGCACGGCACGCUGAAAACGCACAGAAGAACCGUCUGACGGCUUUCGUACUUUCGGACUUUGUAACAUAUUUUGCUUUGCGUGUGAGUGCACGCGGAUCCGGGGGGAAAGGGUCCAUGAUAAUCUCGAUCUGCGGCUAGAAGAAGUUUUGUCUGUUCGGUGGGGGGAAAGCGGACUUGUAGAGAAAGCCCUACGGUGUCUGCAAAAGAUGGUUUGGAACAUCGCUUUGGGCAAAGGGUUCGUGUGCGUCCUCGCGCUGUGGCUUGGAUUUACGUCGACUCUGUGCAAAGCUCGGAUUUACACGAACCACUGGGCUGUGCGGAUAGCCGGGGGUCCCGAAUUUGCAGAUAGGAUAGCGGCCAAAUAUGGCUAUAAAAACAUGGGACAGAUCGGCGAUCUGAAGGACUACUACCACUUCUUCCACAGCCGCACGAUAAAGCGCUCCACUCUGUCCAGCCGCGGCAGACACAGCUUCAUCACCAUGGAGCCCACGGUUGAGUGGAUUGAGCAGCAGGUGGUGAAGAGGAGGAUAAAGCGGGAUUAUAAGGCCGCGCCCCCCAGCCCCCCCCAGUCCAUUUACUUCAACGAUGCCAAGUGGACCAGCAUGUGGUAUAUCCACUGCAACGAUGACAUUAACAACUGCCAGUCGGACAUGAACAUCGUCGGGGCGUGGAAGCAGGGCUACACGGGCAAGGACGUGGUGGUCACCAUCCUGGACGACGGCAUCGAGAGGAACCACCCGGACCUGGUGCAGAACUACGAUACGCGGGCCAGCUAUGAUGUCAACGGGAAUGACCUGGAUCCCAUGCCUCGCUACGACGCCAGCAACGAGAACAAGCAUGGUACCAGGUGUGCUGGUGAGGUGGCGGCAUCUGCAAAUAAUUCUCACUGCACUGUUGGGAUCGCAUAUAACGCCAGGAUUGGGGGUGUGCGCAUGCUGGAUGGCGAUGUGACGGACAUGGUGGAGGCGAAGUCACUGAGUCUGCAGCCGCAGCACAUCGACAUCUACAGCGCCAGCUGGGGGCCGGACGACGACGGCAAGACCGUGGACGGCCCCGCCUCCCUCGCGCGCCAGGCCUUCGAGAACGGCAUCCGCCAGGGCAGGAAGGGGCACGGCUCCAUCUUCGUGUGGGCCUCGGGCAACGGCGGGCGGAGCCGGGAUCACUGCUCCUGCGACGGCUACACCAACAGCAUCUACACCAUCUCCAUCAGCAGCACGGCGGAGAGCGGCAAGAAGCCCUGGUACCUGGAGGAGUGCGCCUCCACCCUCAGCACCACCUACAGCAGCGGCGAGAACUACGACCGCAAGAUCAUAACCACAGACCUGCGGCAGCGCUGUACAGACAGUCACACUGGAACCUCGGCGUCGGCCCCGAUGGCUGCUGGGAUCAUCGCCCUCUCUCUGGAGGCAAAUCCUGGACUCACCUGGCGUGACGUUCAGCACAUCAUAGUGAAGACGUCCCGCGCUGGCCACCUGAACGCACCUGACUGGAAGACCAACGCUGCGGGAUACAACGUGAGUCACCUGUAUGGGUUUGGCCUGAUGGAUGCGGAGGCCAUGGUGAAAGAGGCUGUGAGGUGGAAGCAGGUUCCCACCCAGCACAUCUGUGUUGAGAGCGCCGACCGGCAGAUCAGGAUCAUUCGCCCGGAGCACGCGGUCAGGUCGGUGUACAAGGCGACGGGCUGCAUCGACAACCCCAACCACCACGUCAUCUACCUGGAGCACGUCGUGGUGAGGAUAACCAUCACACACCCCCGCCGAGGAGACCUGGCAAUCAACCUCACCUCGCCCUCUGGAACAAAGUCACAGCUCCUCGCCAACAGGUUGUUUGACCACUCUAUGGAGGGCUUUAAGAACUGGGAGUUCAUGACCACUCACUGCUGGGGGGAGAAGGCGGCGGGGGACUGGAUCCUGGAGGUCUACGACUCCCCCUCCCAGCUGAGGAGCCAGAAGGUUCCAGGGAAGCUGAAGGAGUGGUCUCUGGUGCUCUACGGGACGUCGGUGCACCCCUACUCCUCCUCGCUCCGCUACGAAAAGCCCCGAUCGGCCGAGCCCCCCACCGACGACGAGUUCCCCGAGGAGUACAGCGGCCCCUGUGAUGCUGAGUGUAAUGAGAACGGAUGUGAGGGCCCCGGACCCCACAACUGCAUCAACUGCCUGCACUAUUUCCUCAAGUUCAAGAACAACACCAGGACCUGUGUGUCGGAGUGCCCUUCCGGAUUCUUCCGCGACGAUAAGAAGCGGUGUAAGAAGUGCAACUCCAUGUGCGAGACGUGCGUGGGCAGCCGCACGGACCAGUGCACGUCCUGCAAAUUGGGCUUCCACCUCAACGAGGGAUCCAACACCUGCGUCUCCAGCUGCGGGGAGGGCCACUACCUGGACCAUGACGGGAACGUGUGCCGGAAGUGCGGGGAGAACUGUCGAAAGUGCAGCUCGUCCGCGGUCUGCUCAGAGUGCCGGCCAGGCAUGACUCUGCAGGGGAAUAAGUGCCUGAUGAGUUGUGAGGACGGGACGUACUAUAACGGGCACAGGAGGACGUGCGAGCCUUGCCACCGGGCGUGUGCCACCUGCGCAGGCACAGGCAUGGAAGCCUGUAAUAAGUGUGCAGAGAACUACUACGCAGAGGAGUGGAAGUGCGUACAGAGCUGCAGUGCUGGGUUCUACCUGGCCGAGCAGAACCCCGACAGCACAGAGCCACAGAAGGUCUGCAAGAGGUGUGAUGCCAGCUGCUACACGUGCACGGGACCCGGAGAGAGGAACUGCAGCACCUGCAUCAGCGGCUACAACCUGGAGUCCGGCAUGUGCGUGGUCAGCACCAUCUGCAAAGAUGGUGAGUAUCUGACGGAACGGGGCAGGUGUCACCUGUGUUCCGCGUCAUGUUACAAGUGCACAGGUCCCGAGGACACGGACUGCAUCAGCUGCGGCUUGGCCAGGUACUUCGACGAGGGCAGCUGCGGUCUCCAGUGUUCCCCUGGGAAGUACCCGCUGGACAGGCAGUGCCACCUGUGCCAUCACACCUGCGGGGGAUGCGACGACGGGGGUCCGGACAACUGCACCAGCUGCGACAAGGAUAAAUUCGGGGUGGACCGGUACCUGUUCCAGCAGCAGUGCCGGGACGCCUGCCCGGAGGCGCACUACCACUCAAAGGAGCACACCUGUGAGCCCUGCGGAGACAACUGCAAGGUGUGCACCUCCUCCCACACCUGCAUCACCUGCGCUGCCUCCUUCUACCCCAAGGAAGGGGCCUGCGUUCGCCUGGACUGCGGGGAAGGUGAGGUGGAGGACCCUGUGUAUGACGACUGCUUGCCCUGUGAGGAGGGGUGUAAGAAGUGCUUCCCAGGAAACCCUAAGCACUGCAUCACAUGCAGGGAGGGGUAUUACAAGCACGAGCUGCAGUGCUAUCAGAGCUGCCCAGAGAGGACGUACGGCCGCGGCGCACACAUGACCUGCGAGCCGUGCGACGACAACUGCGUGAGCUGUGAUGAGACCCAGUGCUACUGGUGCGAAGACCACCUGUUCCUGUCAGAUGACAAGUGCGUGCGGAAAUGUGAGCCAGGUUUCUAUGGCGAUGAGGAGAGUCAGGAGUGUGAGGCGUGUCACCGUGACUGUCGGACGUGCGGCGGGCCGAACUUCGAUGACUGUGACGCCUGUGAAGCUGGCGUGACGCUGGUGGACGGACAGUGCGUUGUCGUCCGCAAAACCUGCUCUGAAAACAGCUUCCUCAAUGAACAGAAUAAUGAAUGUGAAGACUGCCAUCCCAGCUGUAAGGCCUGCUCCGGUUCUGGAAAGAACAACUGCAACACCUGUGAGAAAGGGUGGUUCCUGACCGCUCGACAGACCUGUGUGAAGACGUGCCCGGUGGGGAGUUUUGGGAAUGAGACGUCGGGGCGGUGUGGAGACUGCCUGCCCGGGUGUGUCCUGUGUGAGGACGGGACGCAGUGCCAGCGGUGUCUGUCUGGACCCAAAACCCAGCUGUACCUGGAGGCGGGGCGCUGUGUCCCCCAGUGCCACAGGGGGUUCCCGGAGGAGGGCGAGUGUCGGAGCUGUGCCCCGCUGUGCGCGUCGUGUGAGGGGCGCUCUGCGUACUGCCUGAGCUGCGCGGAGCCUGCCGUGCUGCUGGGGUACGAGUGCAGGGAGAGCUGCCCCCCCGCGUACUUCGCCAGGGACGGGGAGUGCCAGCGUUGCCCCAGCAACUGCGCGGACUGCAACCAGCAGGGCCUGUGUAGAGAAUGUGACCAGUAUUACUUCCUGCAUGAGGACGGUUGCCUGGACGACUGCCCUACGGGGUACUAUGCGGACGUGGAGAGGAAGGAGUGUGUGCGCUGUCACUCUGACUGCGCAGAGUGCGACGGGCCGGACGAGGACGACUGCGACAGCUGCAGAGACGCAGCCGCGGUGCGGUACAACGGCGAGUGUCUGCCAAAGUGCCCCUCAAACACCUACCACGACAUGGACGCCAUGGAGUGCAGAGCCUGCGACCGGUCGUGCCUGACCUGCUCUGGGCCCACCCCCGCCUCCUGCCUGAGCUGUGGGGAGGGCAUGCAGCGGGACAUCCACGGGCACUGCAUCUUCGAGACCAGGUGCUCGCUGCGCUCCUACAAGGACCAGCAGGGGGAGUGCCAGCCCUGCCACCGGCUCUGCCACCGCUGCUCAGGACCCGGCAGAGCCGACUGCCUCAGCUGCAGCGACCCGUACUUCCUGCUCAAUCACACCUGUGUGGAGCGUUGCCCGGUGGGGUUCUACGAGGACGCGGAGCAGCGGCUGUGUGAGCGGUGCCACUUCACCUGCGAGUCGUGCCGAGGCAGGCACAGCGUGGAGUGCCUCACCUGCAAAGCUGACCUGCUGAGGCUGGGGCGGGGCUGCGUGGAAACCUGCGGCUCGGGUCACUAUGCCAACAUGUCCUCCCACACCUGCCUGCGUUGCGACCCCACCUGUGGGGAGUGCGCCGGGGGCGACGCCGCACACUGCCUCACCUGCAGGCACAAGUACUUCUACCUGAGCGCCCACGGGCGCUGUUACCCCUCCUGCCCGGACGGCUACUACGCAGACACCCGAGCGUGGACCUGCGAGACGUGCCACCCCACCUGCAGGACCUGCACAGGGGACGGACCCCUCCAAUGUCAAACAUGCUACAUGGGCUUCACCUUCCUGGGUGGCAUCUGUGAGUCGGACUGCAUGAUUGGACAGUACGCCACCGCCGUGAGCCCCUCCCUGAGCUGUGCGAACUGCGACGGCUCCUGUGUGGACUGCAAAGGCCCCGGCCCCAACAACUGCACCGUCUGCCCCGCCCUCGACCUGCUGGCCAAUGACGGCCGCUGCCUGUCCUGCUGCGCGGGGGAGGCACGCAAAGACUCCGCCCCCAUGCCGCUGGACUGCUGCAACUGCACCGAGUCUCGAGAAGAGUGCAUCCUCUGGGUAAACUUUCGCUUCGGGGGGGCGGAGGAGCUGGAGGAGCUGGCGGGGCGACCCAUCCUCUUCAUCAUCACCUCCAUCCUCCUCCUCCUCAGCCUGGGGGGCGGGACCUUCGUCUUCCUGCAGAAGCGCUCCAAGAACGGCCCCAAGGUCAAGGCCGGCGGCUACGAGAAACUGGGCGGCGGAGGGGGCGGGGCGAAAGGCUCCGCCUCCUACGAGCCCGGACGCUCGGGAGGCUCCGUCCAGUUUGGCGAGUCGCAGCUGGUGGACUACCAGGACCGCGAGGAGGACGAAGACGAGGAUGAUGAAGAUGAGGAUAUCGUGUAUAUGGGCCAAGAUGGAACCGUCUACCGCAAGUUUAAGUACGGACUCCUGGACGAGGAUGAAGAGGAAGAGCUCGAGUACGACGACGAGAGCUACUCCUUCCGAUAGGGAACACUCCUUCCAGCAGGGGAAACUGCUCUUUCCGAUAGGGAAAACUCCUUCCAGCAGGGGAAACUGCUCUUUCCGAUAGGGAAAACUCCUUCCAACAGGGAAAACUGCUCUUUCCAAUAGGGAAAACUCCUUCCAACAGCAAAAACUGCUCUUUCUGAUAGGGAAAACUGCUCUUUCUGAUAGGGAAAACUCCUUCCAACAGCAAAAACUGCUCUUUCUGAUUGGGAAAACUCCAUUCAACCAUGAAAAAUGCUCUUUCUGAUAGGGAAAACUGCUUCCUUGCUCCUUUCGAUUGGGAAAGCUGCUCAUUCUGCUGGGAGAAUGGGCCUUCAUUCUGCUCUUCACUCACCUCUCUCUCUUUAUCAGUUUUCCUUUUGAACCUCCUCGUGUGAAAAGUACAGGAAGUGUAACAGAACGUCACAGCUCAGAAUCAGCAAUGGAACCGCUUUAAAAUGUUAUAAAAUAAUGGUGAAUAAUAGAACGGGUGUGUAUGAAUACAGGGUUAUGCCAUUUGGUC